CCUCACGGCAUGCGCGACAUCGCUUCCGCUGCAGACCUCCCGUUCGGAUCUCCGCUUCCACCGUCCCAUGGCGAUGUCAUGUGGUUGGGAGAGGACGCUGCGACUCAGCAGCAAACACCUCCGGCACCCGAGGCGGUCGCGCCAAAGGCUGAGGCCGUCGCCGCCUGUGGUCGCAGCCUGGCAGGGGCCAAUGCAUGGCAAUGCCAGGCCUCUUGCAGACGCAAGUGCGCCGUCCGCCGCGCCCCCGCGGCCAGCGGCCGCCGGGAGGACCUGCCAUCCGUGGCGCAACUGGAGCAGAGCGUCAACCUGGCGUGUACCUGCCUCCGCGACGGCGCGAGGGCCAGGGCCUGGGAGAUCUCGCAGGAGGCACUGCAGAAGUUGCUGCGCCGGCGCUCGCGAGGCCGGCACCUCCACCACUCCUUGGAGUACGCCUUACGCGUCAACCUCUCGUGUGCCACGGAGGAGGUGGCUGAACGGGAGCUGCACCUCCGAGAGGCGAUCGGUCUGGAACCUCUGCGCGUGGAGGCUCGCUUCCACUUGGCAGCCCUGCUGGCAGAGGAGAAGAAGUUGGCGGAAGCUCUACAGCUCUUGCGACAGGCCUUGGAGAUUGCUCCGGAAGAAGUCAAUUGCUUGGCACUCACUUGCCGGUGCUUGGAAGGACUCCACCGCCAUGCGGAAGCCCUCACGGUGGCCACACAGCUCUGCCGCGUCGACCCGGCCUCCACGUUCCUGGCGCUGCGGGAAGUCUUCCGAUCUCAGCCCGACGACGCCAUCUCCAACCAGGCCAUCCAAGGCCAUCUCCAAGGUCUUUGUGGUGACCUUCCCACGCUGUGGCACCACUUGGAUGGUUCAGAUUGCCGUUUGCUGUCUCUUCGGUGCAGCAGCCAACUACGAAGACCACGCGCUCUUCUUGGAGGGAAGUAUUGCUUCCUCCGCCGCCUAUGUGCAGCACAUGGAAGCCUGGAGCGACAAGCCGAGGCCGAGGCUCUUCAAGAGCCAUGUGCCUGCGGAGAUGCAUCCGGGCCUGGCGCAUGGAGAGGAAGAGAUUCUCCAGGAACAUGGGAAGGUGAUCUACGUGGUGCGGAACCCCAAGGAUGCGCUGAUUUCCCUGCGGCAUCAUCAUGCCAAUAACCCAGCGAUCGGCUGGACGGGCAGUUGGGACGAAUGGGUGAGGCAAUGGAUUGCUGGCGACAGGUCGCAGGAGUAUGGCGGCUCUUAUUUCGAGCAUGUGAAGGGCUGGUGGACGUUGGCGCAGCGCCAUCCCCAACGGAUCCGCAUUUUCUACUUCGAGGAGAUGAAAGCGAACCUGCGGCAGAGCGUCGCGGAGGUCGCCGAGUUUCUGCAGACAUCGCUCGGCUCAACGCAAGUGGACGAGGUUUGCAAGGCCUGCCGCUUCGAGUCCAUGCGGGGCAGGCAUCAGGUCUCAGAGGACAUCCGAAGCCGUGUGAAUCCGGAGCACUUCCGCGCGGGCCGCGUGGGCUCUUGGCGUGAAGAGCUGACCGCCGCACAAGCAGCCCUGGUGGACGAGAGGCUUCGUACUGCCCUGGGUCGCGAGAUGCGCCAAGGUCUUCGGAUCGCCGAGUGA